AUGUCAGUAGACGCUAAGACAACUUAUAAGAUUAAAAAGUAUUUACAAAACAAUAUGGGUAUAGUUCUUCCUUUUGAUAAGAGAGAACAUCAUGAAGAUUUGGACUUACCCGUAGGUGUUAUUCAAACGGUUAUGAAGAAGUUUAUUUCUUUUAAAAUGGUUGAAUGUUAUGGUAAUUGGAGACAUGCUUGGUAUUUCUUAACUGAAAGUGGACAUAAAACUUUGACAGAGGAAAUUGGUUUACCAGAAGAGGCUCGUAUUAGAGAAGAGAACGUAAUUAAAAAUUAA